AUGGAGACAAUGGUACAGCUUUACAUGUGUUAGCUCGAAAGCCUUCAAGUUCUGGUUGCCAGAGUCCCGCACAUCAAAAACAGAUCAUGAAGUCCAGUAAGUGACUACAAUCAACACUAUCAGGAAAACUAAACUAUUUAAUUAUUUGGUCCAUUUAUGUUACUUAAUGAGCAGAAGAAGAAAUACUUAAUAUUCCUGUUACCAUCACUUCCUGCUUCAAAGAUUCUCAAGAAGAAAACAGUUCUGUUCUUGCUUAUUCUUAUUUUCAUGAUGGCCAGCAUAGGCUGAAUCUAAUAUUAAAACACAAAGUACUCCAAUCAUCCUACACAUAACUAUUGAUGCAAGGAAAAUACAAAGCAAGGAUGCUUGACCCAUAAAUAAAUGUAUUCAUCCAAGGGUGCGAAGCAGGAUCUGGCUAUUGAGCUUGUCAGGAAUAUUUGGAAUGAAAUUCUUCUUCUAGAUGAGUCAAGCAUGACGAGACUCAUAAGAGAACCUUCACAAGUAAUAUUCAAUACUGCUGAAGUUGGAAAUUUUGAGCUUCUAGUAGAGCUUUUGAGCACCUACCCUGAUUUGAUGACGGAAAAGGAUGGCAGAAACCGAAGUAUAAUACACAUUGCUGUUUUGCAUCGCCAUGCUAGUAUCUUCAACCUCAUACUUGAAACAGGCCCAGACAUGAACUCCAUAGUUUCUUCUGUGGAUAGCACUGACAAAUGCAAUUUAUUGCAUUUUGCUGCAAAAUUAGCACCGCAAACCCGACUUGACUUGUUUUCAGGAGCAGCUUUUCAGAUGAUGGUUGAGCUAUUAUGGUUUGAUCCUCCCCUUGAAGUGAAGAAGAUAAUGCGACCAUCAUUCAUGGAGAUGAGGAACUCUGACGGCCUAACUCCUAGAGAAUUAUUCACCAAAGAACACAAAGAACUGCUAAAAGAAGCAGAGUCUUGGAUGAAGGGAACUGCAAAGUCUUGCAUGUUUGUUUUAACACUAAUUGCUACAGGAGUAUUUUCUGCUGCAUUCACCAUUCCUGGUGCUAAAAACAAUGACACAGGAGAUCCUAACUAUUUGGAGAAGCUACCAUUUCAGAUAUUUGCUGUGUCAGAUGCAUCUGGACUUAUUUCAUCCUCAACCUCCAUCCUAAUCUUCUUGUCCAUUCUCAUCUCACGUUAUGCAGAACAAGAUUUUCUCAAGCCACUGCCAUCGAAGUUAAUAUCUGGGCUAGUAGCACUGUUCAUCUCCGUUAUCUGCAUGACGGUAGCUUUUAGCAGUGCCUUCUUUGUAACAUAUUAUCAUGGUCUAAUAAAGUGGGUCCCCUGGCUCAUUUCAGUGCUUGCAUUUGUACCAAUACCUUUGUUUUUGUUCCUGCAAUUCCCUCUUUGCUUAGAUAUACCCUAUACCAAAUACUUCUGCAGGUCUCUUUUCCGACCAAAUAAUCAUAUACUGUACUAGACUCUGUAAUUUUGUGUAUGAACAGAGUAUGUUUAGUUUGGUCAAAAUGUAUUAUAUUUUAUUGCAAUAUAAUAGGAUGUGCUUACGGCCAAGUUGAAGGAAAA